AGCGUCUUAGACAUGCAGCUGUCGGGUGACGAGAGGGAUGUAGAGAGUUGGGUCUCAACUGGCGAGGCUCUUGCUGCCCCAGCAUCUUCCAUUCGUUUAACCUGUUUUUCAUAGUGCCAAAAUCACAGUAUGAAUGUAGGCAUGACUGAACAGGCUCUCAUCUAAAUGUCUCGUAUGCAUGCGCCCUGUGUCGUGCUCUACAUUUAGUAUACGAUCAGCUGGAAAUAGCUUGAAACGAAACACCGUUCUUGCAUUCGCUGUGUACUCCUUUUCUCAGGGAAUACACCCACAACUAUCAGUCCAUUUCGCUAAGGCUAAGCUGGAAGCAGCGGUGCAUAGGCAUGCGAUCAUAAUGAGUGGCCAAAGACGGAAAGAUUGACGCAGUUUCGGCUCCAUAAUGGGCCUCGGGCUCGGAAAGAACAAAAUGCGGCUGCCGUCGGAGUACAACAUCAAAGUCUCCAGCGUGAGGGCGAAAAUCGACCGACGGCCGACCAUCAUCGACGAAUCUUCAAAUGUUGUCCUCAAGUACAAGACGCCCCACUUUAGGGCUUCGGCGACGGUUCGUUUUCCGCCAAUACCGGCGGACGAAGUAUGGACCGUAGGCUGGGUUCAGGCCUGUACAAAGAUGACAUUUGCCAACACAUACGGAGAAUAUGGAACCUCUAGUUGGGAGAUACCGCAGCUGAAGGAUAACCUAUACACGGCCAUCAGUGACUCUGACGGCAGGCACUACCCGUGGUACGGAGCGACGACGGAGAUCUUCACUGUGCAGGGCCCGCGAAGCAAAUGGACCGUCGGCCACGUGGCGAUGAACGACAAUUUCUACCCGUGCGUCACGUGGGACGUGCCGCUCAGCAACCGUCACGUGCCGAAGCUGACGCGCAUACAGCGCGACCAGAGCUUCAACACGUGGCUGGUCGCCAUGAGCAACGUCACCGGGCAGAUCAUCGUGCUGAAGACGAUCCAGUGGCGGAUGCGGCUCGAGAUCAAAGUCGAUCCGAAGAAGCUGCUCGGCCAGCGGUCGACGCUCGUCUCCGAUCCCGAGCAGGAGCAGCCGACGGUGCUAUGCGCUAACGUGCACGUGCCGCCGUGCGCGCUGCGGGCGCCCAGCGCCAACAACGCUCAAAUGUUGCUAUGGAAACCGACGAACGGGAGCGCCCGCGUAGCGAUACCGCCGAAGUGCGGCAACAACAACGAGACGCGAGAGAUAAAGACGUCCUGACGGCAAGCGCUGCAGCUGCUUCUCGUCGCUUCUGCCGCAGCGGCUCCGACGUCAGAGACCUUGGUGUAGCGUGCCGUAUACUGCUUGGCAAAACGGGGCUGAAACUCGAAAACUCGCGUCAUUCUUCUCGCUACCAAACUUUUAUUAUUUAAAAAAAGGGCAGAGCAUAUCGCACUUUCAGGAAGUGGAUAAUCGUAAUAGUCAAUUUCAUGUGCGUCAAACGAAACUAGUCAUACGUAUGGAAAUGCUGAUAUUUGGCGCAGCUCCUGCUGAUGCAAACGUUCGGUAUCACGUAUUUCGAUACCGAACGUUUGCACAACAGUCUAUUAUGUAUUUGUUAUUUAAAUACUCGCCACUCUUUUAAUACGGAAGCAGCUGAGAAAUGUGAUAUGAAAUAUUAUCUUCAACAUAGAAUUUUUGAUACCGUCAUAGGUAUGAGUUUCGUGUAAAUUACGUUUGUUGAUAUAUUUAUUCUAUGCAGGGUGUAAGUAUUUUCACACUGUACUGGUGCUCACCAAGACGUUGAAAAAAGUUUUAUAGAAACGA